CCGAGUAUCAUCCGUACGUCUCAAACUACCCCUUAGUCUCCGUAAUCCACACCCGGAAAAAAAGACCGGAUAAGGCUGCAAAGCGCUAAAAAGAGAGAAGGGUUUGUGGUCCGUGGAAGGAGCAACAAUGGCAGCCAUUCCGUUAGGAACCUGGCUCUGCGCAGGAGUUGGACAAAGGUCUGGACCCUCCGCAGCAGCUUCUCUCUCGCCCAUCUCUGGUUCGAGAACAUCAUCUUCCUCCGUCUCUCUCAAGGUCAAUGCCCUUAAGCCCAACUCUCCUUCCCCGUUCCUUCACUGCUCCUUUCUCUCUGCUUAUUCCUCGCUCUCUAGCUCAUCCGCUUCCUCCUUCUCAGGUUCCUCGCUAGGGUUUAUCUUCAAUAAUGAGAGUGGAGUGAGCAGAAGUAGAAGGGCUGGACUAGUGGUGAAGGCAGCAAAAUAUUCUCUUUGCCAAACCAAGAGGAAUAGAUCUAGAAAGUCUUUAGCUCGGACACAUGGCUUCCGAAGGCGGAUGCGCACUACCAGUGGAAGAGCACUGUUGAAGCGAAGACGGGACAAGGGUCGACAGGUCCUCUGCACAAAAUCAAACCCAAGCAGUGGAAAACGGGUUUGAUCUGCUAUUUGUUUUUGGGCUUGUGUGCUAUUUCUUGUAGGUAAAUACUCCACACAAUCUUUUCUUUCUUGGAACUACUUGCUGUUGCCCAUUUCUUUGUCUUGCUGUUCUUGUUCACCAAAUGUGCAUCUAAUUUGCAAGCUCAACCAGCUGUAGGAAAAAAAACAGCACUAAGAUGAAGAGUAAUGCCUUGUGUGGUUUGUUUUGCUUGAGUACAUUAGUUAUGAAGUUCCAUUUUUUAGAGCUAGCAUCUUCACCUUCUUCUAUUCAUGUUUCUAAUAUACAAAGAGAACAAUCAAUUGUGAUAUGUUGUUCUUUAGUGGCUGUUUAGAUUCAAUAAGAUGGGAAUUGUGGA